AACUGUAUAAAAGGCGAGUGCUUCCUACAGUACCUCAGUCCACCUCAGUCCUUCCUGGGUGAUCUACUCCAGUGCUUGAGCCAGCUCAUUCAUUUCCUGCUGCGAUGUCCUGCCAACAAAGCCAGAAGCAGUGCCAGCCCCCGCCUAAGAGCACUCCUAAGUGCACCCCCAAAUGCCCACCCAAAUCCUCCUGCUCAUCUUCUUGCUGCAGCCUUGGCUCUAGCAGCUGCGGUGGCUCCAGCUCUGGAGGCUGCUGCAGCUCUGGCGGCUGCUGCAGCUCAGGAGGUGGCGGCUGCUGCCUGAGCCACCACAAGCCCCGCAGAUCUCUUCGACUCCGACACCGACACCGACACCAGAGCUCUGGCGGCUGCAGCAGUGGCGGUGGCGGUAGCUGCUGUGGCAGUAGCAGUAGUUGCUGUGGCAGUAGCAGUAGCUGCUGCGGCAGCAGUGGUGGCAGUGGCUCCUCUGGCAGCAGUGGUGGCAGUGGCUGCUGCAGCAGUGGUGGCAGUGGCUCCUCUGGCAGUAGUGGUGGCGGCAGUGGCCAGCAGUCUGGGGGCUCCAGUUGCUGCCAGAGCUCUGGAGGCUGCUGCUGAACUGGGCCACAAGGAGCACCAAGGAGCAGCGUUAACAGAAGACCCAUCCACCCUGAGGAGUCUCUUGUCCUGUUUUCCAGCAGAAGUGCUUCUGAAAUGCUUUGAGGUUCUCCUUCUGCCCUUUGUUCAUCCACUGUGAGAUUUAGAGGUCUCACCUCUGAUGUUCUCUGGCUUGGGUUCCCUUCUUACAGUUCUUUGGAGCACAAGGUGUUGAAAUUCAGUUGUGAUGCUACUUUCUCUGCAACAAUAAAGCUUUUUAUUUCUGGUA